UUGAUUUUAUCACAUGUAUUCUCAGGUAACAAGCUUGAUGUUAGUGAGCAUCUCAGAAGUAAAAAGAUCCAGGAGCUAAUUGAUUUUUGUCACAAGAGGGCCUACAAUGGUGAAGCAGUGGAUAUUGGCAGAGCAGCUUUUAGAACUUUCCUGAAUUUGCUAUCAAACACCAUUUUCUCUAAAGAUUUGACUGACCCGUUUUCUGAUUCCGCUAAGGAAUUUAAGGACUUGGUGUGGAACAUGAUGGUCGAGGCUGGUAAACCAAAUUUGGUGGACUAUUUCCCUUUUCUUGAGAAAAUUGAUCCACAACAUAUAAGGCAGCGCAUGACCGAUCAUCUUACUAAGGUUCUUGACCUUAUGAGUGGUUUGAUUGAUGAACGGCUAAAGGAAAGGAAAAUGAGAAACCAUGCAAAUGUUGAUGUUUUAGAUGCCCUUCUCGACAUUAGCCCAGAAGAGCUUGACAGGAAUCACAUCGAGCAUAUGUGUCUGGACUUGUUUGUAGCAGGAACCGAUACAACAUCAAAUACGUUGGAGUGGGCAGUGGCAGAACUACUUAAGAAUCCACAUACUUUAGAGAAAGCCCAAGAAGAACUUGCACAUGUGAUUGGCAGAGGUAAACUAGUAGAUGAAGCUGAUGUUGCACAGCUUCCUUACUUGCGAUGCAUCGUGAAGGAAACCUUAAGAAUACACCCUCCGGUUCCUUUCUUAAUUCCGCGCAAAGUGGAGGAUGAUGUUGAGCUUUGUGGCUAUGUUGUCCCAAAAGACUCGCAAGUUCUAGUGAAUGUGUGGGCAAUUGGGCGCGACUCUGGCCUAUGGGAAAAUCCGUUGGUCUUUAACCCAGAGAGGUUCUGGGAGUCAGAAAUAGAUGUUCGAGGUCGGGAUUUUGAGCUCAUACCAUUUGGUGCUGGUCGGAGAAUUUGUCCUGGAUUGCCUUUGGCUAUCAGGAUGAUUCCAGUAGCCCUAGGUUCAUUGCUAAAUACGUUAAACUGGAAGCUACAAGGUGGAAUUGCACCUAAAGAUUUGGACAUGGAGGAAAAUUUUGGUAUUACCUUGGCAAAAGCUCAACCUCUGCUAGCUAUCCCUAUUCCACUGUAACGUUAAGAUUUUAGGUAAGUAUAUUACGAGUAAUAUAAAGUAACAUUAUUUUCUUUGUGAAUGGAUGAGAAUUAGUACAAAGAUUUUCAAAAAAAAAAAAAAAAAAAGAUAUGAAGCGAGCCAAAAGCAUUUGGAUGAAUCCUCACGUACUGUCAAAGGGCAACAUAGGACAUUUGUAUCUGUAGAAUAUAUCCUCAUGUAUCCUUGAAAAUAAGACCAUGUCUAUUUUAAAGUUUUGGCUCCUCUCCAGGAUAUAUCCUUAA